AUGAUAGGGUGUGCUGUAACGCGAAGUGGGCAGCAGGGUGUGGUGAUGGAGGUGGUAAUACUGAGAGCGAGAGCCCAACUGAAUCGUCUAGUGUCGUCGGGUGAGAGGCGCGCAGGGGGCGGCGAGCGCUCGCCCCGAGCGGAGGGCGGUGGCGGGGCGGCGCGGGGGGGCGCGGGGCGCGAGCGCAACGCCAGCAUGGCGCCGGCCGCGCCCGCGCCGGCGUCCACCGCGCCCUGGCUCAACGCCACGCUCGUCUACAACGCCACCCGGCUCAACGCCACUUUUGACACCGACUACGAGUUGCUCAGCUCCAACUCCACCGACGAACACCACCACUGGUUUUGCGCAAAAUGGACCAACGCACAGCAAGAUCUCUUCCAGGCUGCAAACUUGUGCUUCGCGAUCGCAUUCCUAGCACCGAAGAGCUUUAAGCAGAGCAUCCUAGUGCUGCGUGCGCUGGCAGCGGCGGGCGCCGUGCUCAUGGGGCUGUGGGCGGGCGCCGAGGUAUGCGCGCCAGACGUGCUCGCCUGGAGCCUGGCGCUCGUGCUCGUCAACUCUAUACAUACUGUAUUUCUUAUAAUAAGGUUUCUUCCUCCAGCACUAUCUCUCGAGCUAACAGAUCUAUACUUGAAGCUGUUCAAGCCUCUAAAAGUGAACAAGAAGCACUUUACGGAACUGACACGAGAAGCUAGGAUAGUGCGGCUCGAGCCCGGUGAGGCGUACGCGGUUGAAGAAGUCACGCCGGCAGACGAGAGGUUGUCUAUACUUCUAAAGGGAAAAAUGCGAGUUAGCUGUGACGAGACACAUCUGCAUUACAUACAGCCCUACCAGUUCGUCGAUUCUCCAGAAUGGGAAGCUAACCGCGAACAAUCAGACGACGUCUUCCAGGUGAGCGUGAUUGCGGAGGAGGUGUCCACGUGCGUAUGCUGGCCGCGCAUGCGCCUGGAGCGUGUAUUGCGUCACCGCCCGGCACUCAAGGUCGUGCUCGACUGCCUUAUAGGCAAAGAUAUAACGCACAAACUGUAUUCAGUGAGCGAAGGUUUGGGCGCCGGUGUGGGGGCCGACAAUGACGGGCCGCCCUCCCACUUGACGCGCUCCGCAAGCGUGGAUGCUGUGCACGAGGGCACGCGUGGCCGACUGCGCAGUAAUGCGUGGCGCGCGCGCACCACUGUUACAAAAGGAACAUCAUACUGGCAGCCGAUGGUGGCCCGACAGUUUCUCCAAAAGUCACCAUUUGGGCGAGUGGCCCAGCCGCCACGGUUACUGGCACAGGCAUCGUCGGCGAGCCUGCAGCCAGCAGCACCACCCCGGCGGCGGAGUCCACCACGACGGACGACGUCGUUCCGCCGCGGCAGAGAGGUCAAGUUUGCGGAGAUGACGAUAGCUUCGGAGCCGGCCGUGUGACGCGGGCCGCGGCUCCAGCCCGAGCUGGUGCCGCUCGUCUCCCCACAAACCUUCUCCCCCACUCACAUGUCGCCAUCGCUCAAGACUCCCUGACCGUUAACCGAGCGAACGGACUCGCCUCGUACCACAGACUUCUAGCGAGCCUUCGUUCUAUUGUGAACUUAACUACAUGGUGCCCUUACAAGACAGUGCCGUAUUUUAUAUCGGAAAUUAAACGUUUGAAUAGAAGUGAAAUACGGAAACAUGUUUAUGUUAGUGGUUUGAGUUCAUUCUCUUAAAAUCGCUGUUAAACAACUCGGCAUGCACUGCGACGUUUUCUCGUUUGCUCGAACUAAGACUUAUACGGUGGAACUAUGUAAAGUCCUGCAGUGGCACUGAUGCAGCAAGUGAACACCUAGUGUAUAUUGAGUAUGAUAAUUUUAAUGAGUGCCGGUGUAAUAUUGUAAUUAUUGUGUGAGUAGUCUAGUGUCGACUGUA